GUUUGUUGACGUUGUGCAACAGAUAAACGCGAAGUUCGACAACGAAUGUUGAGCUUACGUGCCACGUAAAGAAAGGACAGCGUAGACCCGCCUGCAACUAUGGGCGCUCUCUCCUUGUUGCUCGGACCGAGUACCAGGAAAUGUAAACUAUCAACUGUAUCCCUGGAUCAGUCUACGAUUCCUGGCAAGUCCGGUUACCGUUACACAAGAGUGGGAGGCGUUCUUUUAACGGACACGUCACAACGCGAUAGGGCGUCCUGCACGAGCAAUUACUGCAUUGUUAUCUCGGCCUGCUUGCUGUCGUUGUCACUAAACAUUGCGGUUGGGUUCUACCUGUGUAAACACAUCAACACCAAGGCAACUGACAGUGCCAGUCUGUUUUCUGAAACUUUUGUGGCUACAGUGCAUGAGAGCACAGUAUGCACGAGCUGCACGUCUGUCGGUGUACAUCCGGGCAAUGACAGCAGGCCCGACUUGCACGAUCUAACCGUGCAUUACGUCACUGAUUCAACUUCCGUUUGCUGUCUGGAAAAUGUCGAAGGUCUGCAGAGGCUACUGGCGAUCUUUACUGACCGAAUCCAUGAUAGCGCCAGCACCAGGAACCAGGGUACCCACAACAAUGACUCUGCAGUCAAACACAACUACAACACCGGAGCCCACAUGUACCUUGAUAGUGAUGCAUUGACUGCGACCAAUCCCUCUUUGGCAUGGACAGAUACAUUUGGUUACGGUUCCGCCUACAGAAGCAGCGACAUCAGCUGUGACAACAACACUCUACGCGUAACAAGGCCAGGCCUCUACCACAUCUACUCCUUCUUCACGUUCAAGACCCGCCAACGACGACGACGUCCUGACAACAUCCUCAACACCAUGAGAAGGAGCAACACGCACCUGCCAAACCUCGGCAGUACUGUAAUCCUUAUGGCCAAGAAGACGAUGCCGGAAGCUGGUGAAAGAUUCGUCACCAGCUUCCUGUCUGCUACUGUCCGACUGAGACAAGAUGAUGGCGUGUUUGUCGACGUCAGUAACACAUCGUAUAUUUACAAAUUUCCUCCUUCCAGUUUCUUUGGCUUGUAUUUUGUAGGGACAUAAAUAUCGUAUAUUUUCUCAUUUCCUUCAUCCACUUUAUUUAGCUUGCAUUUUGUAGGGGCAUAGCCCAAGCACUUUAAACUGGUGUAUAAAUUGGGUACUACUAAUUAAGGUUGGCGGUCCAAACCCAAGCUAAAUAAUAUUAUCAUUGAAUAACAAAACAGCUGAAAGCAUUCUGAAUGUACUGUUUUAAAAAGAGCUAAUCAAGGAAACAAAAACAUGGGGACUGAAAAUAGUUCCUUGGCAUCGAUGUCACAGACUUCUUGUAAACUGUAAACACGAUGCGUAUCAAAAGCUUAAGUUGAAUUCGUUAUUUUACAUCGACUAUCCUUGUGAUGAACUAUUUCGUUUCUUCGGAUUCCUAUUUAGACAGUCAUCAGCUAACAACUUCAACGUAAUAGAAUAUGUGUUCAUGUUUGCCGACGAUCGUGAUGUGUAACCGUUUUCCUUUUCAUAUUUUGUAAUUGAUUUGAUUACCAAAUUGCCAUCAUGCGCAAGGUUGAAAUAAACCAAUUUAAAACAGUAUGAAUUAAUUUUGUGAAUGUAAUGUCACUUCAUCGUUCACACAAAGGAAUUCAACCUUGUGUACACUGUUCGGCCAUGUGUGAUGGUUCAUCCUUCAUUCAAGGUUUUUGUUUUCGAACCAUACGUUUUAAGUGAUUUUGCAGGAGGUGUAUGCGUUAUGGCUUCAGAGUGUUUGUUAUUGUUUUUGGUGCAGGUACAUCAUAAUGUCGCCAUGAAGGCAACUCUAAUCGUCGUGCUUUUACAGGG